AUGCGACGCGUCGCGAAAUCCAGGAGACCCGGGCCGGGGCUCGAAAGAAAAGACGAAGAACCUCCGCGCUGGCGUCUGCCUCCUCGCAGCGUCUUUUCUCUGGAGAGGGGCCUGGAAAUCACUCAAGGCACCUCGCUGCCCAGCAGUCUCUCCAUCCUGCAGCGGAGGAAACGCGCCACGGCCCAGAGAUCGGACGCCAGCGAGACGAAAAUGCGCGGCACCAGUCCCGCGGAGAGAAAACUCAAAGAAAACGCAGUCGUCUCCUCUCUCGCCUCCCCAUACCGCCCCGCGCAAAAAAAAGCUUGCCGAGCGGCCUCAAAAGGAUCAGGAGCCGGCGACGCCAGGAAAGCGAGACGAGAGAUCAAGGUCUAG